CAACAUCAAUCACAACUACAGCCCACAAAUAUUCACAAUGACUCAAGUCUGCGAAUGGGAGCCCGGAACUUGGUACGGCGAGGGAUCCAUUGUCGUAUACCAAGGUGCCCGCUACAAGAUCAUCCAGCCACACACAUCUGAGCCCGGAUGGGAGCCCCCCGCAACCCCGGCUCUCUGGGGUCGGAUGCAAGAGGAAUAUGGAUAUACCCAACAGCAAGGUUACGGUGGUGCCCCCGCCCAACAGCAGGGAUACGGUGGAGGUGACGGCGGAUACAACCCGUCGUACGUUCAACCUGCCCAGGCCCCACAGCCUCCUCAACCGUCUCCAGGCGGCUACGGUGGUGGCCAAGGAUACAGCGAUGACAAGGGUCAGGGCUACGAGGAAAAGCGCUGGGAUGAGCACCAGGAGCAGCAGGUUGAGAUCCACCAUGAGGAACGUCAGAAGCACUGGUACGAUCUCGAUGAGAAGCGCAAGAAGCAGCUAGAGGUCGGCGGCGGUCUUGCCGCCGGGGCCGCGCUCCUCGGUGCUGGGUAUUAUGCCUACCAUAACCAUCAGAAGAGCGAGGAAGAGAAGAAGGCUCAGGUCUGGGCACUGCAGAACUGGAUUCAGGAAGCCGAGGCACGCACGCGCGCAUACUAUGCUAACGGUCCCCGCGGACCUGCCACUUGGGUCUUGGCUGAGGGCGGCAAGGUCCCUGAUGGAGCUAUCGCCGCCGGUGAGCAACAGGGCCGUCCCCUGUAUAUUGUCCGUGCCUUCCACGAGGGUGGACUCCAGAUCGGGAAGGUCUCCCCUGCCUUCCAGCAGGGUGCUAUGAUCGGUUACGGCUUCAAGGAGUUCUCGAUUCCCAAGUACGAGGUCCUAGUAGGCGAUCACCACGCCUUGCACUGGGUCGAUAUCCGCGGGCGCGUCAACAUCAGAUCGCUCCCGGGUCGUCCAGUCGAGGGCGGACGUGAGGCAGAUGGUACUCCUCUGCUUGUCGCCAGGGUACGUCACGGAGAGUCCGUGAUCCCGGGCAAAGCAGGAGAGAAACUUGAUGGCGCGGUCGUCCCUGCCAACAACACCGAGAUCGUAUCUGGGGAAUACCAAGUGCUCUGCUACGCUUAGAAGUAGCUUGUCAUUCUGAUCGUAGGAGUUCUGUCUUGCAGAUCAACAUUGUAACUGCCACCUCAAUGUACAGUAGUCGUUAUAGCCUUGUUUUUAUCCGUUC